AUUUAUUGAAAACCUUAAAAUUAUAGUCGCAGUACUAAUUUUGUUGACAAAAUAUCACAGUGAAUUUAUCAUAAAAACAAUCGUUAAAUUUAUUAGGUCAUGGUUUUUCCUGAAACAAAACGGCAAAAACAAUGAGGAGAGAACAGUUUGAACCAGAUAUCGAGCCUCUUCUUGAGAACAAUAAUCAAGAAAGAGAGCAAUGGAAUUUAUUCAAGAAUACGCCUCGACCAACUGUCACCGGAUCUACAGCGGAGUCCAAAUAUAUAGAUAUUUCUGUAAAGAUACUGAAAUUUAUCACCAUCAUCGUAACAUUCUUAGUCGUCCUAGGUACCGCUGUUAUAUCUAAAGCAACUCUUCUGUUUAUGACAUCGCAAAUUAAACCCAGCAUCACAAGACUCUACUGUAAUAAAUAUUUAGAUAAACGCCAACAAUAUAUAGUAAAUUUACCAGAAGAAGAAAGAGUAGUUUGGAUAUGGUUAAUAAUAAUUUCCUACAUGGUACCAGAACUAGGAACGUUCGUAAGAUCGAUCAGAAUCCUUAGUUUUAAAUCAUGGAAAUAUCCUUCAACUUUCGACUUUAUCACUCUAGGUUUAACAGAAAUUUUACCGACAAUCGGCAGCGCUAUACUAGUUUUCGUCAUUUUUCCGGAGAUGGAUGUUAUUAAAGCUGCUAUGCUAACUAAUGGGGUCUGCUUAAUCCCGGCAAUUAUAAAUUUGUUAUCCAGGGAAAAAAUUCUAAUUAACAGUAAAAUACGUUUUGUGUUGGACAUACUCGCUAUAAUAAUUCAAGCAAGUGCUCUCGUAAUUUGGCCAAUGGUAGAAGGUAAACUCGUACUCAUGGCAAUUCCAGUAUCUUUGACCUUAAUCUCAGUUGGCUGGUGGCAAAAUUUUGUUACUGAUAAGUCCUCUAUAAAAUUCAUAAGUAAUAUGGGAAAGACUAGGAAGGAAUUUCUUACAGACACUUACUUCAUUUAUGCCAUAAUAGCACCAAUUAAAUGUAUUAUAUUUUUCAUCGGCGUUUUGGUAAUAUUAUGGAUCAAAGAAGGAGAUGUGAUGUUUUUAUUCAACAAACUACCAAAGGCGAUAACUAAUCACCCUUUCAAUGUUACUCAGAUAGAACCGAUCGUUGGCAAUUCUGGUAUAAAUUACACGGAUGCGAUAGCGGACAUAGUACCUAUACGAAUGGAAGCAUCUUUUUGGACACCUAUAUUGACAUUUCUUAUCAACAUUGUUUCCACAUAUAUGUGUUACGCUUUCAGUAAAUUUGCCUGCAAAAUUAAAAUUCAAGCUACCGGUUUUGCUUUACCAAUUAAUAUGGCAGUGCCCGUUCUUUUAACAGGUUUGAUAUCAAUGUGCGGUAUGUACAACAGAAACGAAUGUGCCUACGUAGAUUCCAUCCCGGCUUACCUCUUCUUCAACACACCCAGCUUGACGUACCUCGAGGAUUUUGUUGGCCAUCAGUAUGCUUGGAUAUGGUUAAUAUGGUUAUUAUCACAAACAUGGAUUACCCUUCAUAAUUGGUCCAACAAUCAUGAUAAACUUGUUUCCACCGAAAAAUUGUUUUUCAAACCGAUGUAUGAUGCAUUUUUAAUUGAUCAAUCAGUGGCUAUGAAUAGGCGAAAGCAACAAGAAAGUCUUAUAAAAUUGAUAACUGCUCAUAAUCCAGAAGAUAUAUCUACCGAUAGCGAUCAAAUUACAAAAAUAUACGCAUGUGGUACUAUGUGGCAUGAAACCAAAGAAGAAAUGGUGGAAUUCUUAAAAUCUGUAUUAAGAAUGGACGAAGAUCAAUGUGCUCAUAGAAUUGUCAGAAGCUACUUACAAUAUAAUAUGCCAGAUUAUUACGAAUACGAAACUCACAUAUUCUUCGACGAUGCUUUUAUAAGAGUUUCACAGGACGAUCAGGAUCCCCACGUGAAUCAAUACGUAUUGGACUUGGUAGAUUCUGUCAAUGAUGCAGCUAGUAAGGUGCAUGCAGUAAAUGUCAAAAUACAACCGCCCGUUGUAUAUCCCACUCCAUACGGUGGUAGAUUGAUUUGGACUCUACCAGGAAAGACAAAAAUGAUUGCACACUUGAAAGAUAAGGCGAAGAUUAGAUCCAAGAAGAGAUGGUCUCAAGUUAUGUACAUGUAUUAUUUGUUGGGGUUCAAGAUUAUGGAUAACGAAGAAUUAACUCCUAAACAAAUAAAAAAUAUGGCAAAAAAUACGUACAUUCUUGCUUUAGACGGUGACAUUGAUUUUCAACCAGCUGCCGUUCAUCUUCUUGUGGAAUACAUGAAGAAGAAUCCAACAUUAGGAGCGGCUUGUGGAAGGAUCCACCCUAUAGGCUCCGGUGCAAUGGCUUGGUAUCAGGUGUUUGAAUAUGCUGUUGGACAUUGGUUACAAAAGGCGACUGAGCAUGUCAUCGGAUGCGUACUUUGUAGUCCUGGAUGCUUUUCACUGUUCAGAGCCGGUGCCUUAAUGGAUGAUAACGUUAUGGCCAAAUAUACCACUGAAGCUACUGAAGCCAGGCAUUUUGUACAAUAUGAUCAAGGGGAAGACCGUUGGUUAUGUACACUACUACUUCAAAGAGGUUAUCGUGUAGAAUAUUCAGCUGCGUCCGAUGCCUAUACCCACUGCCCUGAAGGAUUUAACGAAUUUUACAAUCAAAGAAGAAGGUGGAUGCCUUCAACAACAGCCAACAUUCUGGACCUUUUAACCGAUUAUAAAUAUAUUGUCAGUGUUAAUGAUAAUAUAUCAAAACUUUACAUCUUAUACCAAGUAGUUUUGAUGAUCGGUACUGUUAUUGGACCUGGAACUAUAUUUCUUAUGUUAGUUGGAGCAUUCAUAGCUGCUUUCAAAAUUUCGCAAUUUUACAGUUUGGUUCUAAAUAUCAUACCAGUGUUGUUGUUUAUCAUAAUAUGUGCAUCAUGCAAAUCGGAUACACAGCUAUUUUUUGCGGCGAUGAUAAGUGCAAUAUACGGUUUGAUAAUGAUGACAGUAUUCGUCGGUAUAAUGAUACAAAUCGAAGACGAUGGUUGGUUGGCACCUUCGUCACUCUUCUUGAUAGCUACAGGAGGAACCUUCAUAAUAGCAGCUCUAUUACAUCCGCAGGAAUUUUAUUGUUUAAAAUAUGGAAUUAUUUAUUAUGUUACCGUUCCCAGUAUGUACAUGUUAUUGGUUAUCUAUUCUAUUUUCAACAUGAACAAUGUAUCGUGGGGUACUAGGGAAGUCACGGUCAUAGCCAAACCUAAAGAGGAUAAUAAGAAAGGAGACAAACCAAAUCCAGAGCCUGCUUCGAAACCACCAGAAAAUAAAGUUUUAUCAUUUUUCGGCAAGCCAAAUGAUAAUACUGGAUCAUUGGAAUUUUCAAUAGGAGGCCUGGUUAAGUUGAUGUGUUGUACUUACGACAACAAAGGAGAAGAAAGGGAAAUACUUAGAAAUAUACAAACAUCUAUUCAACAGUUACAACAAAAGAUAGAUAUAUUAGAGAAAACCAGAGUUACCGGAGAUACGGAACGAAGAAGAACUACUAGAGGAACUGAAUUUUUCACAGGAAAUAGAGCUACCAGGACAUCUAUUACCAGUGGAAUUAUUCAACCGUCGGCGCCAUACUUGGACGGUGACGCUAAAAAUGAAAACGACGAGGAUGAUGAUAUCGAUGAGAGUGAUGGGGAAUCUAUCGAAACACCAUCAGAUGGUGUGGAAGCUAACAGCUGGUAUUAUGACGGGGAAUUGAUUAACAGCCCAGUAGACUAUAUUAACAAUUCAGAAAAAAAAUUCUUUGAAAAACUUAUUCAGAAAUAUUUGUAUCCGCUGGACGAAACAUCGAAAAAAGCAAUUGUUGAGAAGGAGCUGAAAGAUUUGAGGGACAGAAUGGUUAUAACCUUCUUUAUGUUAAAUUCUCUUUUUGUAUUGGUUAUUUAUCUACUAAACUUGCAACAAGAUAUCAUCCAUAUCAACUGGCCGAUUAGUCCUAAAGUUAAUUAUACUUAUAUAGAAAGCCAAAAAGAAUUUAUUAUUCAAAAAACGUAUCUGCAACUUCAACCUAUUGGAUUUGUCUUUUUGAUAGCAUUCGCAUCGUUGAUGUUAGUACAAUUCAUCGCUAUGUUCAUUCACCGAUUUGGAACUUACUGUCAAAUUAUGGCCAACACAGCCAUAGAUUUCAGUAUCUUUGGUUUUGAUAAAGUGAAAAAUAUAACGGAGGAGUCACUACUGGACAAUGACCCCAUUAAAAUAUUUAAGAAACUUAUAAGAUUACAAGGAAUUAACGACGAAGACAAGGAAGAAAAUGUUUCUGUGGGAAAAAGAAACACAAUCCAUUGGUUGGCAAUGAAAAGAGGAAAGAAAGCUGCACCUUGCAUAAACAAUUUAGAUGAAGCAUUCUUCAAGAGAAUGAGUCUGAUUAAAAAAGGGCAACUAAAGGAUACUCAGGUUCCUAGACCCACAAUACAACAAAUCUUGGAAAGAAAUCGAAAAUCGACAAUACUUGGACCCGGAUCUAGACCGGCUCCUAAGGAUUUUGGCAACAAUGUUCCUAAUGAUGGAAUGCACUUUUCAGAGCCCUCUAUGAUAAUACUAGAUGAUACAAUGACAUCGACAGAUACGUGAUACAAUAUAUUUUAAAGGUUAUAACCUAAUUUUACUUAAUUUAUUUUUAUAUUGUAAAUAAAAAGGAAGAAACGUUA